UUGUCACACAAGUUAUCAAGGUCUGUGGAGGUUGAUACCUUUGAUAUCUAGUAAUAUUUUCAGUAAAUAUUGCUUUGAGGCUUGCUUUUGAAAUUUUUUAAGUUCCGAAAAAUAACUAGAGGUAUGGUCAAGCACUGCUGCUAUGGUACUUGUAAAUCUGAUUCACGGAAAAGUGAUAUAUCCGUCGUGUUGUUCCCCUUCCCAAAACCCAAAACAAGGCAUGAAGACUGCCUUCGUUGGAUUAAAGCUUGUGGAAGGCCUCACAGCGAUUUUAACAUCCAGAAAAUUACGAAGGACACAUAUAUAUGUUCAAAGCACUUCAUCGAUGGUCAUCCAUACCUGCAGAUGGCAGUGCUGUAAAAAAAGGAAGACCAGCUCCAAAAAGGAGAAUGCAAACUACUGAAUCCUCAAAUCCUAAUGUAACCCAACAAAAAAGACAAAAAGAAARCGAAGACGAGCCCGAACAGUUCACAGGCAUAGAUACAUUUACAUUGGAUCCGCCGAUAUUACAAGGAGUGACAUACUCAUUGGACAAUCUGGCUAAUGCCUGUGAGUUGAGGAGACUUGAAAAUGAAAUUGAAAGACUGAAGCUGCAGGUAGAAGAAGAGCAGAAACUAAGACAUAGCCUAGAACAGCAGCUGGCAUCAUCAGUUCUCAAGGAGGAAGCACUUAAAAGGAGCUUUCAUGAAAAAGUGGCCAAAAUGAACUUAGAUACAAGAGAAAUUGGGUUUUCAGUUGAGAUGGUURAUCAAUCCAAAAUAAAAGCACUCUUGAAGUAUUAUACUGGGUUUGAUUACAAUGCUUUUGAAGCUCUCUUCAAGUACCUGAUUCCCAAACCUGAUGAAAAUCCAAUUUGCUACACAGAAAAGGCAAAUGCUUGUAUGGAACUGAAUUUAAAAAACCAAUACUUCCUUGUGAUGUGUAGGCUGAGAAAUGGGUUCCAUAUCAAGGAUCUUGCCUACCGGUUUAAUAUAUCAGAGCAGCUUGUGAGUAUCAUUUUUAAUUCCUGGAUACACUAUAUGUAUUUAAGGUUAGGUUAUUUGUCUCUCUGGCCUGACAGGGAUACAAUAAUCCAGCACAUGACACCUGCAUUCAAGAAAGACUUCCCUAACACAAUUGCAAUCAUUGACUGCACAGAAAUAAAAACAGAACGACCAUCAUCCCUGUCUUGUCAGUCACAGCUAUACUCAGAUUACAAGUCAACCACCACCCUGAAAGCAUUAGUUGCAACUGACCCAAGAGGAUCACUAAUGUAUACUUCAUCCUUGUUCACUGGCUCAAUAUCUGAUAAUAAUAUUUGUAAAGACAGUGGUUUCUAUGACCUCUUACAAGACCACCUCAAAAAUAACAAGAUUCAGGUAMAUGAUGCCAUCAUGGCUGAUAAGGGCUUUACUAUUGAAAAGGAACUUAAGGAUUUGGGCUUGCAGCUGAAUAUCCCACCAUUUUCUUCCUCCACUGGCCAAAYGACAAGCGGUGAUGUACAAAAAACAAGARUGAUAGCCAAACAUAGAAUCCAUGUGGAAAGGGCCAUCAAUAGAAUUAAGAAUUUUAAACUUGUGAACAGAAGGAUCCCAGUCUGUAUUUUUCACAAUAUCAAUGAAAUUUGGUUGGUUUGUUGCUAUUUAACUGCACUUCAAGAUGUUCUGUUAAAGAUUCCCACAUCAUGAAUAACAGAACUCAUGCAAAUUGUUAAUCAAAAACAGGAAUAAAAUAGAAUACCUGAURAAUAAGUGGUGAUCCCUGUUGUACACGUCCCAAAGCUGUGUCUGUCUCAUUAUUGUUCUUAUUGACAAGAUAGGCAAUAGCACUAUUUUUCAAAGUAGAUUUUAGCUGCUGAAUUUCUGUCUUGGUGGGAGGGACCAACCUGUCACAAGCAAAAAAAGAUUACACCUUUGUUGCUGGAAAACCUGGAUAAAAUAACCAAAAACAAUGAGAUUUGUAAAUAUAACUGCUGAUGAAAAUAAAGAUUUUAUCUUUGUGUUGA